AUAACGAAUUUCCGAAACGUCAAUCUACAAGUUUCACGGAACAAAAUAGAACAUUGGUUUGGCGAAGACAGCAGUUUAACAAGGAUAGGAUGUUUUGAUAGAGGAAGUUUAUUUUUGAGCUAUGAAGUUGUAUCCUGAAAGCACCUCGAAAGGAAUUUAGAAUUGAAAGCUACCUCAAAAUAUUACCACCAUGAUUGGGCCCAGUUCACAAGUCAGCAAGAUACUAUUAACGCUACUGUUUCUGUUGAUAAUAUUCUACAUUUUUAUGGAUGUGGAACUUUAUUUGCGGAUUCAUAACUAUGUUAUAGAACGGAAUUACCAUACGAACACCUCGACAAUAUCUGCACCAUCGCCUGUUGCACCAGCAGGAACAUCAGACCACAGUAGCAGCACGAAACUUCCCACCGCUGAGAAAGAGCCGUCCUAUGAAGAUCACACAUGGAUAUCUUGUGAUGUUAAUCCGCUCUGCCAUGUAACUGUCAAAGCUAUAUUGCUGGACCACACGAACCACUACCUGUUUGCACCACUGGCCACUAUGUUCGACAAUGUCAUUGGAUUCUCCCGUUCCACGUUCAUCACGCCCAAUAUGAUAUCAUUUUUCCAUGUGGGUGUGGCUUGUUUGUCUGGAAAACUGGUGGCAUCCGAUAGCCUGGGAUACAGACGGCUGGGCGUGCUCCUCUUCCAGAUACGCACCUUCCUGGAUGAUUUGGAUGGACAUGUGGCUCGAGUGAGAAAGCAUAUUAGGGGGGAGCGCUCCGAAAUUGGCACGUCGGGCUACUAUGUGGACGGCCUCUGCGAUGGACUCGGCUGCAUUGCCCUACUGCUGGGCAUAUUCUUUUACCUGAAAAACAACCCGCCUCGACGGGGCUACUCGAUCAUACCAAUGAGUGACCCCAAAACACCUGAACCGACAAUGAUUCCAAAAAUGAAGGCAACCACGCGAAAAGUGGCCAAAAAUGUGAUCAGCUUCACGGGACAACUCUUGCUCAGUUCGACUGCUUGGAAUCGCUAUAUAGCCGUCUACCAGAACAUGUUGGAGCGUGAAGACGUUAGCAGCAGUCAGUACCUUCAUUGCCAGAACUACGUAUUCAAGUCCAAUUGGUUCUUUUGUGUGGCGUGGAUGUGGCGCAUUGUUAAUGUACACUCAUUGCUCCACAUCGUGCUACUCAGCAUUUUUUGCGACAAGCUGUGGGACUUUUUGAGAACGAUACGUUAUAGCGGUUACAUUAUAUUGUUAGUUGCAAUUUGCUUAACUGAAAUGCACAUUUUGGAGGCACAGAACUACAUUUUUAAUUCGACAGCGUGCAGUAAUAUUUCACUGUGAUUUUAUUAAUAUUACGAGAAAAUACAAUAAUAUUUCUGUAGUGGA